AUGAAUAUUAUGUCUUUAAAUAGUCGAGGGGUGGGUCUUCGUGCUAAAGCAGAGUGGGUGAGGCGUCUUUGUGUUCAGCAACAACUAAGUCUCAUUAUGCUUCAAGAAACCUUGAAUUCUAAUUUGGACGGGGAGGUUUUAGAGCGGUUUUGGGGUAGGGGCGAUUUUCAGUUCGAAUGGGUGGGUUUCGUAGGCCGAUCGGGCGGGGUUCUUACUGUAUGGGAUCCGGCGGUUUUCACUUUGUUGGAAGUGAAAAAGUUUGCUAAUUGUUUGCUCGUUUCGGGUAUUAUUAAGGGGAGCGGGGUUAUGAGCCACUAUCUUAAUGUUUACGCUCCUAAGAAUCAGGUGGAAAAAAGAAAUCUGUGGUCGGAGAUUAGUAGUAUCAUUGGGGUAGGGGAUGGUUUUUGGACGGUCGCGGGGGAUUUCAAUUCGGUGAGAUUAGUAUCAGAUAGAAGGAAUUCAAAGUUUUCUUUGUCAACGGCUCAAGAGUUUAAUGGUUUUAUUGAUGACGCGAAUCUGCAUGAGUAUUCAUUGAAGGGUAGGAGAUUCACUUAUGUUGUUGGAGAUAAAAUGAGCCGUAUUGCUAAGAUAUUUGCGAACUGGAAUUUCUUCAUGGAUUGGCCUAAUGCGGAGUAUUUGGCUCUUGCUCGUGAAGAAUUAGAUCAUUGUUAUUCUCUAGCUUCAAAAUCUAACGGGACUAACUAG